UUGCCGAGAGCUACGGAGAAAAACAUCGUCUGGUCCAAUUACAAUUACAGAUCGACGAAGCGUGGAGCGUCUUCAUAGGCAGCGCAGCUCUAGAGACAGAGAGAAGACGAAGAGAGGGGAAGAGGUACUGAAAGACUAAAGACAUGGUCAAGGUGCGCAUGAACACGGCCGAUGUGGCCGCGGAGGUCAAGUGCCUCCGCCGGUUAAUCGGCACGCGUUGCUCCAACGUCUACGAUCUCUCUCCCAAGACUUACGUGUUCAAGUUGAUGAACAGCAGUGGAAUGACGGAGUCCGGUGAGAGCGAGAAGUUUCUGCUGCUGAUGGAGAGCGGCGUUCGCCUCCAUACCACCGCAUAUGUUCGGGACAAAAGUAAUACUCCCUCUGGUUUUACUCUAAAAUUAAGGAAGCACAUACGUACCAGAAGACUUGAGGAUGUGCGGCAACUUGGAUACGAUAGGAUUGUUCUCUUCCAAUUUGGGCUGGGUGCUAAUGCGCAUUAUGUUAUCUUGGAGCUGUAUGCUCAAGGAAAUAUAAUCCUUACUGAUUCGGAAUUCACUGUUUUGACCCUUCUGCGGUCUCAUAGGGAUGAUGACAAAGGGUUUGCAAUCAUGUCACGACAUCGUUAUCCUGUUGAAAUUUGCCGAGUUUUCGAGAGAACUACUGUUUCAAAGUUGCAGGGAGCAUUUACAUCUUUGGAAGAACUUGGGAAUGAUAAAGCAGCUAAGGUUCAUGCUGACAGAAAUAACUUGCCCGAUAAACCCAAAGAAAAGCAGGGUAAUGGGAAGGGUGGAAAGUCAUCCGAGUCAAAUAAAAAUAAGAGUGAUGGUAACCAUUCCAAACAGGCCGCAUUGAAAAUGAUUCUUGGGGAGGCAUUGGGCUAUGGGCCAGCACUUUCAGAGCAUAUUAUAUUAGAUGCUGGCUUGGUUCCAAAUAUGAAAAUUUCUAAAGACAACGAGCUAGAUGACACUGCAAUGCAUUCUUUGGUCAAAGCUGUUGCAAAGUUUGAAGAUUGGCUGCAGGAUGUUAUUUCGGGAGGGAUGGUUCCUGAAGGAUACAUUUUAAUGCAGAAAAAGACUUUGGGGAAACAUGUUUCCCUACCUGAACCCACAGAUGCUACCCAGAUCUAUGACGAAUUCUGUCCCAUUUUAUUGAACCAAUUCAAGAUGAGAGUGUAUGUGAAUUUUAAGACAUUUGAUGCUGCCUUGGAUGAGUUCUACAGUAAAAUUGAGAGUCAAAGAGUAGAACAACAGCAAAAAUCAAAAGAGCAUGUUGCUGUUCAAAAACUUAAUAAGAUUCGUCUGGACCAGGAAAAUCGUGUGCAUACACUGAGGAAAGAAGUUGACCAUUCUGUUAGAAUGGCAGAACUGGUGGAAUACAACUUAGAAGAUGUGGAUGCUGCUAUAUUAGCUGUACGUGUGGCUCUUGCAAAGGGCAUGAGUUGGGAGGACCUUGCUCGUAUGGUGAAGGACGAGAAAAAAAGGGGAAACCCUGUAGCGGGCCUUAUUGACAAGCUCCAUCUUGAAAGGAACUGCAUUACAUUGCUGUUAAGCAACAAUCUUGAUGAUAUGGAUGAUGAGGAAAAGACGCUUCCGGCAGAUAAGGUUGAAGUUGAUUUGGCACUUUCAGCCCAUGCCAAUGCUCGAAGGUGGUAUGAACAGAAGAAAAAACAAGAAAGCAAAGAGGAAAAGACUGUUAAAGCCCAUGAAAAGGCUUUUAAAGCAGCUGAGAGAAAGACCCGUCUCCAAUUAUCCCAGGAAAAAACUGUUGCCACCAUUUCACAUAUGCGCAAAGUUCACUGGUUUGAGAAAUUUAACUGGUUCAUCAGCAGUGAGAACUAUUUGGUUAUCAGUGGACGUGAUGCUCAGCAAAAUGAAAUGAUAGUCAAACGUUAUAUGUCUAAAGGAGAUCUUUAUGUCCAUGCUGAACUUCAUGGAGCGUCCAGUACGGUGAUCAAGAAUCAUAGACCUGAACAGCUUGUUCCUCCUCUCACACUGAACCAAGCAGGAUGUUUCACUGUUUGCCAUAGUCAAGCAUGGGAUUCCAAAAUUGUUACUAGUGCUUGGUGGGUUUAUCCUCACCAGGUUAGUAAAACUGCUCCUACAGGAGAAUAUCUUACAGUUGGGAGUUUUAUGAUUCGGGGGAAGAAGAAUUUUCUUCCUCCACACCCUCUUAUUAUGGGUUUUGGGUUGUUAUUUCGUUUGGAUGAGAGCUCGUUGGGGUCACAUUUGAAUGAAAGGAGGGUAAGGGGUGAAGAGGAAGGGACAAAUGAUGUUGAAGAAAGUGAUCAUCUUAAAGAAAUUUCUGACUCCGAGUCAGAGCAGGAAGUUCUGGAUGGAAAACUUCAUGAAGAAUUAAAGGGCAGUUCUGAGGUCAAAUCUGAUUAUGGUGACUUGUCUAUCUUUGAUGCUAAAGAAGCAAUAGAUUUACAUGAGAAUCCCAUCCAAGGCGAAACCACAAGCUUGAAUGGUGGUGGAAAGGAGAAUAUUUCUGGUAUUGCUGUAAAUGAUAUUGCCUCAGUAAGCCCACAGCUUGAGGAUCUCAUGAAUAGAGCUCUGGGGCUUGGUUCUUCUGCAAAUGCAUCUGCUAGAAAUUAUGAUCAAGCUUUUCAGGCUGAUACGGCUGAGAAACAGCUUGACCAUCAAGAAGGGAAUGCUCAAGAGAGAGAUAAGCCCCAUAUUUCAAAAGCUGAAAGAAAAAAGUUGAAGAAAGGUCAACCAAGUAGAGUUACAGAAAAUUUUGAGCAAGAAAAGGAAGAAAAUGUUAAAAAUAAUAAGCCAUGUGGUGGAAAAGUCAGUCGUGGGCAGAGAAGUAAACUCAAGAAAAUGAAGGAGAAGUAUGCUGAUCAAGAUGAGGAAGAAAGGAACAUUCGGAUGGCUUUACUGGCUUCUGCUGGAAAUGCACGGAAGGAUGGUGACACAAGCAAUGGAGAUGCAGUUGCAGUAGAUGGGAAUAAACCUGCUCCUGGUUCCGAAGAUGCUCCAAAAAUAUGUUACAAAUGUAAAAAGGCCGGUCAUCUGUCUCGGGAUUGUCCAGAACAUCCAGAUGAUUUUCGUGGUCAUACCAAUGGUGGAGCUGCAACCCUUGAUGAUGCAGAUAAUAGUACAUCAGAGAUUGACAGGGUUGUCAUGGAGGAGGAUGAUGUUCAUGAGAUAGGUGAAGAAGAGAGAGGGAAAUUAAAUGACGUGGAUUACUUGACAGGGAAUCCAUUACUCAAUGACAUUCUCUUGUAUAUUGUGCCUGUCUGUGGUCCCUAUAGUGCUGUGCAAUCGUACAAGUACCGCGUUAAGUUGAUUCCUGGCACUGCAAAGAAAGGAAAAGCCGCAAAAACUGCCAUGAACUUGUUUAGCCACAUGCCAGAAGCGACAAUUAGGGAGAAGGAAUUGAUGAAAGCAUGUACAGAUCCAGAGCUGGUUGCUGCUAUCGUUGGGAAUGUAAAGAUCACAGCUGCAGGCCUCACACAAUUGAAGCAGAAGCAAAAGAAAGGCAAGAAGAGUAACAAAGGUAGAUCAUAAGCGUGUCCAUAUAAAGAAAAGGCAAAGAGAAACUUUGUUCCCUUGCAAUGGAGUCAUAAUUUUGUGAUGGUAUACCAGAUGUAGAGCUUAUCUGAAAAUGAAAGGACAUUGAAUGGGUGAAGAUUAAAUAUUGCAUAGCAAGGAAUGUCUCAAGUACAUGAAAUCAACUUCUGUACCCAGAAAAUAGUUAUGCUUGAAUUGCUCCGUGUUUAACCUAUGUGUAUGGCAAAAGCUAGGCAUCAUGGACUAGAAAUAUUGCUUUGAACUAUUGGUGGUUGAAAGGCAAACUUAAUAUCUUACAU